AUGACAGAGCUGAAGGCAAAGGCUUCCCGGGCUCCCCACGUGGUGGGCGGCGCGCCCUCCCCCACCCAGGCCGGCUCUCCCCUGCUGGGACGCCCGCACGCCGGCCCCUUCCAGGCGAGCCAGACCUCGGACGCCGCGCCAGGCUCCCUGGGCGGGCUGCUCUUCCCUCGGCCCUGCCGGGGGCCCGACCCCGACGGGAAGGCGCUGGGCCAGCAGGCGCUGUCGGACGUGGAGGGGGUGUAUCCCAGAGCUGAAGCCACAGGGGGUGCCGGGGGCGGCAGCUCCAGGCCCCCCGAGAAGGACAGCGGGCUGCUGGACAGUGUCUUGGACACGCUCCUGGCGCCCUCGGGUCCCGCGCAGAGCCACGCCGGCCCUCCCGCCUACGAGGCCAGCGGCCCCUGGUGCCUGUUUGGCCCCGAGCUUCCGGAAGGGCCUCCGGCUGUCCCCGCCACCCAGGGCGCGCUGCCCUCGCUCAUGAGCCGUCCGGAGAGCAAGGCUGGCGACGGCUCCUACAAAGCGCUGCCCAGGGGGCUGUCACCGUCCCGGCCGCCGCUGCCCUCGGCCUCCGGCAACCAGCACUGGCCCGGGGCCGCGGUGAAGCCGGCCCCGCCGCCCGCCGCGCUGGAGGUGGAGGAGGGGGGCUCCGAGUGCCCGGGCUCGGUGGGCCCGCUCCUGAAGGGCAAGCCCCGGGCCCUGGGAGGCACGGCGGCCGAGGGAGGAGCCGCGGCCACGGCGCCCGGGGCGGCCGAAGGAGGCGUCGCCCUGGUCCCCAAGGAAGAUGCCCGCUUUUCGGCGCCCCGGGUCGCCCUGGCAGAGCAAGACCCGCCCGCGGGGCCCGGGCGCCCCCCGGUGACCACCAUGGUGAUGGAUUUUAUCCACUUGCCCAUCCUGCCCAUCAACCCGGCCUUGCUGGCCGCCCGCACCCGGCAGCUGCUGGAGGGGGACAGCUCAGACGGCGGGGCCGCGGCGGUCAGCGCCUUGGCCCCGCCGCGGGGCUCCCCCUCGGCCACGUCCCCCCCGGGCGCCGCCGGCGACUUCCCCGACUGCGCGUACCCGCCCGACCCCGAGCCCAAGGACGACGCGUUCCCGCUCUACGGGGACUUCCAGCCGCCCGCCCUGAAGAUCAAGGAGGAGGAGGAAGGCGCCGAGGCCGCCGCGCGCUCCCCGCGCCCCUACCUGGUGACCGGUGCCAGCCCCGCCGUCUUCCCGGAUUUCCAGCUGGCGCCGCCGCCGCCGCUUCCUCCGCGAGCGCCGUCGUCCAGACCCGGGGAAGCGACGGUGGCGGCCGCCCCCGCCGGUGCCUCCGCCUCGUCCACGUCCCCGUCGGGGUCGGCCCUGGAGUGCAUGCUGUACAAGGCGGAGGCCACGCCGCCCCACCAGGGCCCGUUCGCGCCGCAGCCCUGCAAGGCGCCGGGCGCGGGCCCCUGCGUGCUGCCGCGGGACGGCCUGCCCGCCGCCGCCGCCGCCUCCGCCUCCGUCUGCGCCGCCGGGGCGGGCCCCGCGCUCUACCCGCCGCUCGGCAUCAACGGGAUCCCGCAGCUCGGCUACCCCGCCGCCGUGCUCAAGGAGGGGCUGGCGCCGGUCUACCCGCCCUAUCUCAACUACCUGAGGCCGGAUUCAGAAGCCAGCCAGAGUCCGCAGUACAGCUUCGAGUCAUUACCUCAGAAGAUCUGUUUGAUCUGUGGGGACGAAGCAUCAGGAUGUCAUUAUGGUGUCCUUACCUGUGGCAGCUGUAAGGUCUUCUUUAAACGGGCAAUGGAAGGACAGCAUAAUUACUUGUGUGCUGGAAGAAACGACUGCAUCGUUGAUAAAAUCCGCAGGAAAAACUGCCCAGCAUGUCGCCUUAGGAAGUGCUGUCAGGCCGGCAUGGUCCUCGGAGGUCGAAAGUUUAAAAAGUUCAAUAAAGUCAGAGUUAUGAGAGCACUAGAUGCUGUCGCGCUCCCGCAGACGGUGGGCAUUCCAAAUGAAAGCCAAGCCCUAAGCCAGAGAAUCAGUUUUUCGCCAAGUCAAGACUUACAGUUGGUCCCCUCCCUGAUCAACCUGCUAAUGAACAUUGAACCAGACAUGGUCUAUGCAGGACAUGACAACUCCAAACCUGAUACCUCCAGUGCUUUGCUGACGAGUCUUAAUCAACUAGGCGAGAGACAACUUCUUUCCGUAGUCAAGUGGUCUAAAGCACUGCCAGGUUUUAGAAACUUACAUAUUGAUGACCAGAUAACUCUCAUCCAGUAUUCUUGGAUGAGCUUAAUGGUAUUUGGACUAGGGUGGAGAUCCUAUAAACAUGUCAGUGGAAAGAUGUUGUAUUUUGCACCUGAUCUAAUAAUAAAUGAACAGCGGAUGAAGGAAUUAUCAUUCUAUUCAUUAUGCCUUACCAUGUGGCAGAUUCCACAGGAGUUUGUGAAGCUUCAAAUUAGCCAUGAAGAGUUCCUCUGUAUGAAAGUAUUGCUACUUCUUAAUACAAUUCCUCUGGAAGGGCUAAGAAGUCAAAACCAGUUUGAAGAAAUGAGAGCAAGCUACAUUAGAGAGCUCAUCAAGGCAAUUGGUUUGAGGCAAAAAGGAGUUGUCUCUAGUUCACAACGUUUCUACCAACUUACAAAGUUUCUUGAUAACUUGCAUGAUCUUGUUAAACAACUUCAUCUGUACUGCUUGAAUACAUUUAUCCAGUCCCGGGCACUGAGUGUUGAAUUUCCAGAAAUGAUGUCUGAAGUUAUUGCUGCACAAUUACCCAAAAUCUUGGCAGGGAUGGUGAAACAUCUUCUCUUUCAUAAAAAGUGAAUUCCAUUUUUACCUUUAAAAAUUAAAUUUUGUGGUAUGUC